CAUUAACAUCAUCUAACCCUUUAAGGCGAACUUUACAAUCCUACUGUAACAUCUUUCUACCCGUUAAAUCGUCAAUUAGUGGGGUAUGCCUUUUAAAGCUAUUAAUAGAAGCACGCAUCGCAAUGCACGGUGCAUAAGGCACAGCCUCCCAUCAUCUCUGACGUCGCGACGGCGACGCCGAUUUCAUAGAGAUGCAGAUUACGUUCCGUAGUGUCAGAAAUAACCUUCUACCAGAGGUAUUAUGGAUAGUAUUAUGCAUUGUCUUAUGGUUAUAAAGUUAAGCAACCUAUGGGUAUGAAAUAAAUAGAAGAGAAAAUAAGUUUUGGUGGUGAGUUGGAGACUUUUUCUUGGGAAAAUGAGAAAUUUAAAGGUUGUUGUAAGGAUUCGGCCCUUGUCACAAAGAGAAAGUGACUCAAUAUCUGUGAUAAACGUGGAAAACGACAACACUGUCGCAAUAACAAAUGUAAAGGUUCCCGAACAAAAUGCUGGAGACAGCAGAGAAAGAAUAAGAAGAUUUACGUUUGAUAGUGUAUUUCAGGAGGAUUCAACACAAAUUCAGGUUUUUGAAGCCAUAGAAGAUGUGAUAGGCACAGCGAUUAAAAACCGCUACAACUCUUGCGUUUUGGCAUAUGGACAGAGUUCUUCAGGUAAAACCCAUACCAUGAUGGGAUUCCCCCAUGAUCCAGGUCUAACACCUAAAUUGUGUGAAAGACUUUUUGACUAUCUUGAAGAAACGUCGGUUGGUAGUGAAGUUCUUGAUAUGAAAAUCACAGCAAGUUACUUGGAAAUAUAUAACGAAAAAGUGAGAGAUUUGCUUUUUGAAAAUUUGGAAAAGAGUUCCAGAAAACAGUUGCCUUUAAAAAUUAGGGAACAUCCUCAAAAAGGACCUUAUGUUCAAGGCCUUACCGAGCACCCGGUAGCCUCCUCUAAGGACAUCCUUUCCUGCCUGGACGCCGGCAACCACCGCCGUCGAGUAGCCGCCACUCCCAGCAACCCGCACAGCAGCCGCAGCCACUCGGUGUUCAGCGUGUCUUGUGGCGGGGUCAAGUUGCACCUGGUGGAUCUAGCAGGCAGCGAAAGGGCUGACCACGGCCCAUACGCUGAUCCGAGGUUCAGGGAGGGUGCCAAUAUCAAUAAGAGUUUGGUCGCGUUGGGGAACGUCAUAUCUGCAUUAGCCGAGCAGGCCUGCUGCAUCAAGCAGCCGACUGCAACAAAAAGACAUCGCAGGAGGUUCGUGCCUUACAGGGACUCCGUCCUGACAUGGCUGCUAAAGGACACCCUUUCAGGAAACAGCAAAACUGUAAUGAUUGCAACCGUGUCCCCUUCGAAUCUUUGCUACAGUGAGACAGUAAACACUUUAAGAUUCGGGCAACGUGCCAAACUUAUCAGAUCUCAGCCGACUCUUCAACUAGAAACGCCAAACGAAAAAAUCAUAAGAGAACUGAGAGCUGAGAUUUCGAGAUUACGAGAAUUGCUAAAACUACAAUCUCAGCCUAACUCGUUGAUUGGUCAGCCUAAUAAAGGACAGGAAUCCAUGUUUUUGAAGUCUGGUAGUGCUGUGUUGCCGUUGAUUAAAUCGCAGGAAAAUGAUAGUGGACUUAAUACGGGGUUAAGUGAGACAUCCAGUUGUUCUUCGUUGAAUUUGGAAACGGACGAUAAUGAUACAGAACCUAUUAAUCCUAUACUAGAAGAACCCAUUGCAAAUGUAGAGGUCAGCAAAAACGACGAAAUCAAGGAAAAUGAAACCAAGGAGAAGCUUACGCCCUUAAUUGAAAUAAAAAGCAACACAACAGACAAAAAACACAAAUUACGUCGCACAUACAGUGUUGUACAUUCAAUAAUGGAAAAAGAAAAGCCGAAACCAUUUGGUUCACAUGAAAACCUAAGAAAAUCCAGCAUAUCAUCAUUGCCACCUUUAAACAGAAGACCGUCUGUUUCCAAGGUAACCUCCCCCAAACAUUCACCAAAAAGAAAAACAUCCGAUGUUGAAACUAAAUCCAAAGUCGAUUCCAUAAGAAAGACACCUGUCAGGCCUAGAUCGCAAAUGAUAUCAGCUGUUACCAGUAGGUUGUAUAACAGAGUUAAGAAAAAGGAAGUUUCUACAGAUACCAACGAUAUAAACACUUACAACUUGCCGCAUCCAAAGGAAAUAUCCAUAUGCGGUAACGCGAGGUUUAAAUUGAAGGAAUUAACACAGAAAGCGUUGAGGGCGCAUAGGAAUAAGCACGCUGAAACGCAGACUGAUCUAUAUCCAGUAUUAAGAGUUAAAGAGAUCUCCACUGAUGUGAAUGAUUUAAAGGUUGUGUUAAAUGAGACUAAAAAUGAAGAAACUUGUACUGAAGUCAAGGAGUUAGAAGAUAAAAAUGUAGAGUGUAAUAUGGUGAGUACAAGCACCGUAAAUUUGACUAGAUCUUGUAGUACACAGGCUAACGAAAUUCCUGAGAAACCUGAAGUAUCUUUCGCGAAAUAUCUUACAAAUAUAAGUCCUGCUACGUAUGAGAUACUAUCAGAUUCUUGUCCAAAUAAUCCGAUCUAUACAAGCUCUGUCAAUAUUAAUAUAUCCCAUAAUUAUAUUAAUGGUAGACAAGCUGAUACCAUCUCAGAUGAUAGCUUAGAUGAAACCAUCCAAAAUCUGCCAACUCCAGAUUUGAUAAGCAACCAUAAUUCAUUGGAACAAAACGCGUUAUCAGAUGUUAAAUUCGCUGAUAUAGUGACAGAAAUUCCAAUUCUUGAAGAGUGUAUUGUAAGUGAAGAAUAUCAUAACCCUGACAUUCUACAAGCGACUUUAAACAUCACACCAAAUAUAUCAGAAAAAGUUGAUAAACUUAACAUGGUGAAUGUCUGUGCCCCACAAACAUGCACCAUCAACAAACCCAUUGAGUAUUGUAGACCCCUAUUUAUCGAAAGGCCUAGAAAAGCCAGGCCCAACAUCAUACAAACUAAGGACCCUGUUGUGGAAUGUAUCACAAUCAAGGAACCCUUGAUUUUGAAGUCCAUUAUGAGGCAAGUAAGUCAACAAGACGAAGUCAGCUCUGAAGAGAGUUACUAUGAACUACCUGACUCGCUGGAGUAUCACAUGGUUAACAGUAAGAAGGUGCAUUUUGGUGGUGAGAAAAAGAAUUAUAAAGAUAAUGAUAGGAUGGUGAAAGCUAUGUCAUCGUUUCUAGAAGAAGCUACGAUUUUGAUGAAUAAUCUUAGUUCUGCGAAUAAACAUACUUGUACGCCUUUACCCGAGGAUUUUGAUGUUGAGGUAACAGUUAAUAAUAUUACAGGUCUGAACUCGUCCAAAACAAAAUAUAAACCAAGAAGGUAUUCAAGUGAUUAUACACAAACUACACCAACUACAUUAUCUAACUCCUACACACAAUACGAGGACUUUUCAAUCCCCAUCAACAAAUACGAAGCCUUACUAGAGGACUCCUGCAAACGCCUCGAGGAAAAACUAAACUUCCCUCAUGAAAGGUCAGCAUCAGUUUCUUCGUUCCACGAAGAAAGGCUUUCCCAGCCGUUCUCAUUUAACCCAUGGGAUUUAAGCAGUAGUUCGAACUACAUCGAAGAUUCUUCUUUGGAAAGUAACCCAGUGACUUUUUCUGACUAUGGUAGCCUACCAAGGAGGAGUUUAAGGAGACAAAGACCUUCGUGUAGCCCCAGUGCUUACCUAAGACAACUUACGAGUUUAAGAAGACAGGUGAUUGAGUCUAGUAGAGAGGAGUUAGUUAACAAUUCUAGUUAGGUUAGGAUUUAAAUCAUAUACUACAUAUAGUGUAUGCUUUAAGAGUGAAGAUUACAGAAGAGAUUUUCUAUUUUGCAAGAUAAACAGUAAAUUUUGAUAAAACAUUUGAUGAUCGUUUUACUAAUUGUCCAUUUUUGCUAACUACCAAACCAAUUCUUCUUUCCUUAAUGAUGAUUGUUGGUGAUUUUAGUAAAUUUUACUGUCUGUAUUACAUUGGAAAACUGAAAAUAUUAACUCUUUUAAGCAAAAUAAUUGCAAAAAUGGCAAAUGCGCCGGGGUUAAUAUUUGUAAUUGUAUUUCUUCAUACUUAAAGUAUUUUAGGAUUUGUUUGUGGUGUAACAUUUUUUCUACUUGUAAAUAAAUACUUAAAAUUGUAAUAUUUUUAUAACACGUAUUCUAUUACAUUAAUAGAUUUAACUGUACUCAGUUUGAAUAAAGUUUGUUAUUACAUUUAA